AUGGGCAGAGCUGUCAGCUUUAUCUUUUGCACUACGUUCCUUUUGCUUGGAGAACUUAAGUGGACAGGCGCCGCUGAGGAUGGCAACUCCCUCCAAAAGGACAGCGUCGCUCUCGGGGCCGGGGGAAAAGAUGCACCGACGAUCUACGUCACGACUAUUCUGGAGAACCCCUACGCGAUGGUCCGGGGCGCCGAGUUAGAAGGCUACUGCAUCGACCUGUUGCAGAAGCUGUCGGAAAUGCUUCACUUCAAGUACAAAGUUGGGAUCGUGAAGGACGGGAAAUACGGGCGCCUCAGUUCCAACGGGAGCUGGUCUGGGAUGAUCGGAGAGAUCGUGAGGAAGGAGGCUGACCUCGCCGUGGCUCCCUUGACCAUCACGUCGGUCCGCGAGGACGUGGUGGACUUCACCCAGCCGUUCCUGAACACGGGCAUCGGCAUCCUGCUGGAGAGAGAAGCCGCCUUGGAAGGGGCCUCGCUCUUCCACUUCCUGACCCCUUUCACCAAGGAGACCUGGGCCGGCAUCCUCGUGGCUUACUUGCUCUCCAGUCUCUGCCUCUUCCUGGCUGGAAGAAUGAGCCCUUCUGAAUGGGACGGAAACCAGGAGAACGGCUUCACCUGCUUGAACAGCCUCUGGUUCAGCGCUGGGGCGCUCACCCUGCAAGGCACCGUCCCUCAGCCCAGAUCGCUUUCCGUCAGGGUCAUCUCCGCCGUCUGGUGGCUGUUCGGCAUCGUGGUGCUGGCGGCCUACAUCGCCGGCUUCAGCUUCGUCCUGGAGUCGGAAAGUGACCACCUCUUCAUCCAGAACUUUGAGGACCUGGUGAAGCAAAGGCAGCUGGAAUUCGGGACCAUGGAAGGAUCCUCCACGCUCCAGUAUUUCAAGAAUUCCAAGAGUCCCAUCCAGCAGCUGGUCUACGAGUCCAUGGUCAAGAAGGAAUCCGUGCUGACCAAGAGCUACCAGGAAGCCAUUCAGCGGGUGCUGGAUUCCAAUUACGCCUUCAUCGGGGAGUCCAUUUCGCAAGAUCUGGCCGUGGCCCAGCACUGCAACUUAGUCCGGUCCCCAGAGGUGCUGGGAGCCCGAGGUUUCGGCAUCGCCACCCCAAAAGGAUCCCCCUGGACCAGCAAACUCUCGGUGGCCAUCCUGAAACUCGGCGAGUCCGGAGACCUGGACUACCUGCGCAGCAAGUGGUGGGAGAGCAGCUGUUCCCACGAGGACCACGACAAGUGGAGCCCUCUGAAGCCCCAGACCCUGGGGGGCAUUUUCCUCCUGCUGGCCCUCGGCCUCCUCGCGGGAAUGCUGGCGGCCGUGCUCGAGCUGUCCAAACGAAGCCGCCGCACAGCCGAACGGGAGAAGAAGUCCUGCUGCUCCGUGUUCACCCAGGAGCUGAGCCAGCGCUUUCAAACCAGCCAAGAAAAUGAUAGUGUUUAUGCAGGAGCUUUUAGAUGGAAGGAGUUGCCGAUGAGCGUCAAGCAGCAGCUGCUGGAUUGUUCCCACUAG